AUGGAUUUUGAGAGUGAUAGUAGCACGGGUGGAAGUACCUUUCGUGCGUAUAGUAUGAAAUAUCAGGCUUUUUUGGAUAGACUCAAUGGAAAAGUUGCUCUUCGUUGGACAGUAUUGGGCUUUCUUUUUGCUCUCUUCCUCUUCAGAGUAUUAUACUUCCAUGGAUGGUAUAUUGUGACCUAUGGGUUAGGUAUUUACAUUAUCAAUUUAUUCAUUGCUUUCAUUACUCCAAAGUUCAAGCCACAAGAGAGCGAAGAGGAAGAAGAUGAGGAAAAUGGUUUGAAUGUAACCCUCCCUAACACAUCAGUAGGACGUAAUUUUUCUGCAGGAGGAAUGUUUGGCCAACCUAAGGUCGAUCCCGAUGAAGUAAAGCCUUUUGUUCGUCGUCUUCCAGAAUUCAAAUUCUGGUACUCUCUUACAAAGGCUGUCAUUAUUUGUUUGUUAUUGACAUCAACGAGAAUUUUAGAUAUUCCAGUUUAUUGGCCAAUUUUGUUAGGAUAUUGGAUCUUGCUUUUAGCAAUUACAUUGAGAAAACAAAUUAGACACAUGAUCAAAUACAAAUAUGUGCCAUUUACAAUUGGAAAGAAGUCGUACGGAAAUUCUGGUACUUCUGUGUUAGGUUCUGCAUUGUCUGGAUUUGUGAAACCAUCAUCAGGAGGAGCCACACCAACAACAACAGCCACCUUCAAUCGAACACCACAAUUUGGUUCUUACCAAUCAGCAUUCCAACAAUAUACACCAACCAUGACCAAUCCUGGUCUGUUGAAUCAGCAAGCAACGUUUUCUGCUGUCAGCACUCAUGGAAAUACUAAUCAAAAACUUGCUGAUUAA